AUGUCUGAUAAGGUGGACUGGUUACAAAGCCAAAGCGGAGUAUGCAAAGUAGAUCUUUAUACUCCCGGAGAGGGCCAACACCAACACUGGAAAAUGGAGGCCUCGACUGAUCCUGUCAGAGUCCUGAGCUGGCUCCGAAGAGACCUGGAAAAAUGUACAUCACGGUUCCAUGAUAUGAAGCAACCACCUGCUGGGGAUAUGAACAACAGGGGCGAGCACCCAGGAGACAAUCGCAGUGGAUUCACUGUAGACUAUUUCAGUUCUGGAGGCAGAAUCCCCCCAGGCAAAAUGCAUCUUGAAAUGUCUCACACUGAAAACUCUUCCAGGGGCUCCAGUGCCUGGAAUGGUAGUAAUGAGAGUUCGGUAGAUGAAGUCUCCUUCUAUGCCAAUCGGCUCACCAACCUAGUCAUUGCCAUGGCACGUAAGGAGAUCAAUGAGAAAAUCGAUGGCUCUGAUAAUAAAUGCAUCCACCAGUCAGUCUAUGUGGGUGAGGAACCCCCUUCACCCAAAAGAGCCUUGAGUAAGGUGGCAUCAGAACUGGUGAAUGAAACUGUCAACUUGUGUUCCAAAGAAAAUUGCCCAGACAAGGCUCCUGGCUCUGGAGACAGAGCCACACCCUCCUCACGGAGUCCCCCAAAUCUGAAAUACAAGAACACAAUUAAAUUUAAAGAAACGAAAGGAAACAAGAUAGAUGACAAGCCUAAACAGUCAUUCUUCUACAAAGAAGUGUUUGAAUCCUGUAAUACAGGUGAUGGUGGGAGGAAGGUAUAUGGGGGGCCAAACAGAACAGAUGACUUUACAGCCAGCUUGAGUCAAGGAAUCAUGACCUAUGCCAACAGUGUGGUGUCUGACAUGAUGGUCUGCAUCAUGAAGACACUAAAGAUCCAAGUGAAAGAUACAACCAUUGCAACCAUCUUGCUCAAGAAGGUGCUGAUAAAGCAUGCUAAAGAGGUGGUCUCAGAACUGAUCGACUCCUUUAUGAAGAGCUUACAUAGUGUCACAGGCACCCUCAUGACAGAUACAAACUUUGUCUCAGCCGUCAAGAGAAGCCUCUUCUCUCAUGGAAGUCAGAAGGCCACGGACAUCAUGGAUGCUAUGUUGGGCAAGCUACACAGUAUGAUGUUGAAGAAACCUGAGCCAGCCAAAAGAACAUUUAAGGACAAGUCUGAGAGUGUCUCCCUAGUUUCUUUGAAAGAAAUGAAUGACCCCAGACAUAGAAAUAUGAACUAUUCGUCAGUGAAAGCUGAAACCAAAUUAAGGGAGAAAACCUAUGUCCCACCCAACCCAGAGAAAGAAAAGACCUGUGCUGAAACUCUGGGUGAACAUAUUAUCAAGGAAGGGCUGAGCUUGUGGCAUAAAAAUCAUCAGAAGGAAUCAAAAUCCCCAGGCCUCCAGCGUGCAACCUUUGCAGUCUCCAACAAAUCUGUUCGCAAACCAUGCAGCAAGCCAUCACCAGAGAGCCAUCCCCAAACAGUCUCCCCAGGCCCACUUAACACCAAUGCUCUCAGCUGCCAAGAGAAACCAGAAAACUUCCUCUAUAGUUCCGACAGUUGGGCUAAAGACCUGAUUGUGUCUGCCCUGCUCCUGAUUCAGUAUCAUCUUGCACAGGGAGGAAGUAUGGAUGUCCAGAGCUUCCUGGAAGCUGCUGGGACAACAACCAAGGUGACCUCACCUAAGUUCCAACAGAACUCGGAGCAGUCCAGCCUUGGGUCCUCUCGGGUGGGAGGCAGUCAUGAAGAGGCUGAAAAGAAGGAUCUGAUGAGCGUCUUUUUUAAUUUCAUCCGGAAUUUACUUGGUGAGACUAUUUUCAAGUGUGAUGAUAACUGCGAAACAAAACCACCCAGCCACCACAGUAAGGAGGAAGACAGCAGCUACUUUGAAUCACCCCUGCCAAACUGUCCUCAAAAACAUGGUGGUGGUGGUGGUGGUGGUGGUGGUGGUGGUGGCAGCGGCAGCUGCGGUGGUAGCGGUGCCAUGGCUGGGCUGGCCAAGAUGGUGGCUAACCAGAUGGACAGUAACAUGAAUGGGCAGAUGGUAGAACAGUUAAUGGACUCAGUGAUGAAAUUGUGUCUUAUCAUUGCCAAGUCCUGUGACACUCCCUUGGGAGAGCUGGGAGAUGAAAAAUCUGGAGAUGCCAGCGGGCCGACUUCAGCCUUCCCAGAUAGCUUCUUUGAGUGCUUACCAGUCAAGGGCACUGGGACAGCUGACGCUCUCUUACAGAAUGCCUAUCAAGUGAUCCAUAAUGAAUUAAGAGGCAUGUCAAUACACUCCUCUGAGGAGUCCAGCAGGCCCAAAGUGAUUGUCAGCGAUCACAACAUCGCUGACACCGUGCAGAACAAGCAACUCCGGGCCGUUCUCCAAUGGGUAGCAGCGUCUGAACUCAAUGUACCUAUUCUGUACUUUGCUGGUGAUGAUGAGGGGAUCCAUGAGAAGCUCCUCCAGCUUUCUGCUGCUGCUGUGGACAAACGUCGAAGUGUCGGGGAGGUCCUACAAUCGGUACUGCGCUAUGAAAAAGAGAGGCAGCUGGAUGAGGCAGUGGGGAAUGUAACUCGGCUACAGCUACUGGAUUGGCUGAUGGCAAACCUGUGA